AUGGAUUGGCUAGCGUGGUUCUCCACUAGUGUCUUCCCUCCAUUGAUCAUUGGUAUUAUGGCUGAUGAGGAAGAUAUCGAAGCACCCAUAAUACCGGACCUCUACAAACCGCCCGCUCUCCUUCCUAUUGCGCAACUUCGAGAUCAACUUCUUUACACUAUCGAAACCUAUCCUGUGACAAUCGUCGUUGCCGCGACAGGUUGCGGAAAAACGACGCAGAUACCCAAAUUCCUCUAUGAGUCAGGAUGGUGCAACAACGGCAGACAGAUUGCUGUUACACAGCCGAGGAGAAUCGCAGUCACAAGUGUCGCCGCAAGAGUUGCAGAAGAGUUAUCAACACCGCUUGGGCAGAAAGUCGGCUAUUCGAUCAGAUUCGAAGAUGUCACGAGUGCUAAUACCCAGAUCAAGUUUGUGACUGAUGGACUACUGCUACGAGAGAUGCUCGUUGAUCCGCUAUUGAAAAGGUAUUCGGUUGUAAUGGUGGACGAGGCACAUGAGCGGAGUUUGAGCUCGGACAUCUUGAUUAGUCUACUGAAGAAGGUGCUGAGAAAGCGAGAAGAUUUACGCGUUGUAGUCUCAAGUGCAACAUUGGAGGCGGAGAAAUUUCUCGACUUUUUCAACCCUGAUGAAGAUGAGAAGGUACAUGGAAAGAGCAGGGCCGAUUAUGGGAGGAUCGUGGGAAUAGAAGGGCGGACGUACCCCGUGGAGAUUCUGUACAAGAACCAACCAACCAACAAUUAUGUCGAAGAAGCUGUGGAGACUGUUAUGAAGAUUCAUAAAUUUGAAGAAGAGGGGGAUAUUCUUGUCUUUCUAACGGGUCGUGAGGAAAUAGACGAUGCGACGGAACUACUUACCGACCGGAUUGUCGAGUUGCCUCCCACAUCCAAAAGGCUCCUAUUAUUACCGUUAUAUGCGGGGCUGCCGACAGAGCAGCAGACAUUUGUCUUCCAAAAGGCGCCACCAGAUGCACGCAAAGUCAUCCUCAGCACCAAUAUUGCUGAAGCUAGUGUAACAAUCGAUGGCGUCGUUUACGUAGUAGACACAGGCUACGUAAAACUCCGCAACUACGACGCGCAGCUGGGAAUAGAAAAUCUCAACGUCGUUCCCGUUAGCAAAGCUUCCGCGACCCAGCGCGCUGGCCGGGCAGGUCGCACACGUCCAGGAAAAUGUUUCAGGCUCUACACCGAAGAAGCCUUUGACUCCCUGGAGGAAGCCACAUUCCCUGAACUCUCCCGCUCCAACCUCGCGCCUGUGAUUCUCCAACUGCUAAACCUCGGCAUCACCAACAUCAUCCGCUUUGACUACCUUUCUGCUCCGCCCUCUGCCCUCGUAACCCGUGCCUUGGACUUGCUCUACUCCCUCGGCGCUCUCGACGCAAAUGCUCGUCUCACAAAACCCCUUGGCGCACGCAUGGCCGAAUUACCUCUCGAGCCUAUGCUCUCCAAAGCUCUCUUGCAAGCCGCAAACCCCGAGUUCGGCUGUCUCAGCGAAAUGCUCACAAUCGCUGCCAUGAUGACACUGCAAGGUAACGCCUUUGUCAGCCACGACGGCAACAAGAAGCAACUCGAAAAUGCACGACGACGCUUCACUGUGGCAGAAGGCGACCAUCUCACACUCUACAACGUCUACGAAGCGUUCAUCAAAGCCGGAAUCCAAAACGUACAAUGGUGUCGUGAUCAUUGUCUAAAUCACAAAUCCAUGGUCAAGGCCGUGAGCGUGCGAAAGCAACUCGCUGCUUACUUGGACCGUUUUGGCGUCAAGGAGAGCGCGCUUACUUCAUCAUCCGGGAUCAUAAGAGUCGGUGGUGCGCCGCUCGCUGAACGUGUCCGGAGAUGUUUGACGACGGGCUUCUUCGCGCAUGCAGCCAGAAUGAAGGCUGAUGGUAGUUUCAUGACCGUAGAUGGGAAGACUACGUUAUGGGCACAUCCUAGUAGCGUGUUUUUUCAUAGAAAGGCCGAUUGGGUGAUUUAUACAGAGAUCCUGGCAACGAGAGAUAAAAUAUAUAUCAGGGAUUUGUCGAGUGUUGAGAUGGAUUGGCUGACCGAGUGUGCGCCGGAGUAUUACAAGGUUCGGAACGGGCGAUGA